AUCAGGGGCUGAUUUUCUUUCUCCUAUUUCGGUCAGUAAGAUUGACCGAAAUAUAUGCACAGUUCAUUCACAGAUCACGGGCCUGUGGAGUUUGCAGAAAGCAGGAAGGUUCAGCCUUUGAAAAUUUUGCCUCUAUUUCAGUCAGUAAAUAUGACCGAAAUAGUGCAAAAUGUGGGUUGAUUUGAUGGAGCUUCAGCUUUUCAAUUUUUUGCUAGAAUUAAUUCGGUCAUAAUUACUAACCGAAUUAAUCUUCUACUCCCACUUCCCCCCAAAUUUUUCCGCCGAAAAUGUUUGAAUUUUUCACCUUUUUAUUUCAGUCAAUGAUAUUAACCGAAAUAAUAUUCAACUUAUAUAUACAUCAACCCAGACUAUUCUAUUCACUUCUCCAACUUCUGCAAUCUCUCUUUCGUUUUCUUUCUUCCUCUCCAACUUCCAGUCUUUUCUUUACCUCUUAUUCUUCUAACUUUCAAUAAUUCUUUGCAAAUUAUCAUUAAUUACUUCUUUAUCUCUUCAACUUUUCUUUUUAUUUUUGUUGUUCAUCACAAUUUUUAUUUCUCUUUAAGUUUUAUACAUAUCUUUGCAUAUCAAAACCAAUGUUAAUUCCUUCUUUACCAUCUGUUUUAUUUUCAUUUUUUUAUUUGUUUUAUUGUGUAAAAUUAUUUUUAUUUUUUAUGUUUAUUAUAUUGUUGGUUGUUUUAAUUGUAUACUAAUGAUUUAAUUUUUCAUUUUCAAGGUUUUUUAAGGUGGUGAACAAUGGGACAACAUUUUGGAGGUAAUUUUCCAUU